UCUUGCUUCUUUUGCAGUUUAGCCAAAUCAGCAAUGGCAUUCGGUCAUCUCUUGUUUUCAUCCUCUAUCCUCCUUCUUUCAUUUCUAGUUAUUGCCUCUGCUAGUGAUUAUGACUAUGCUUCAAAAUCUAAACCUGAUUAUGUCAAACCCCAAAAUGAUUACAACCCUAUACCACAACUAGACUCUGUCAAGCUCGAAAAUGAGUACAACGCCAGGCCCAGACUCGACAUUCCCAAGCCUGACACUAACUAUGCCCCGAAGGCUAAAUUCUAUACAGCUAAACCUGAAGAAACCUACAUUCCUAAAUCAGAAUUAGAGUAUGUCAAAUUCGAUACCAAGCACACCGAAAACCCCAAUUUCAACUAUCCUAAAUCAAAGCCGGAGUAUGUGAAACUCAAUGAAAAGUAUAAUCCCAACCCUAAACGAGAUAUUGCGAAACCUGAUGUCACCUAUCCUAAAUUAGAAUCCAAACUAGAAAAAUUAAAACAUGUCGUCACUUAUCCUGAAUCUAAGCCACAAUAUGUCAAAUCUAACCAAAACUAUAGUCCUGAAUCCAAACAGGAUACUGUAAAACCGAAACUAGAGGAGAAUAACAACGCAAAAUACAAUCUUGAUGCUAGUUAUCCUGAACAAAAAUCUGAAUACGUCAAACCUGAUCUAGCCCUUCAGAAACUUGAGGUUUCUAUUCCUAAUUCGGGUUACGGGUACACUCCAAAAUUAGAAACUCCACUUCAUAUUGGCAUUGAAGGACUUAUUCUAUGUAAAUCAGGUUCUAGCUAUGUUCCCAUUAAAGGUGCCCUGGCAAAGAUAUCAUGUUCAAUUUUAGGUGAGAAUGGAUACAUGACAAGACUUUUCUCUUGCUCGACCGGUGCAACCGAUGCAAAGGGUUACUUCUUUAAGGCACUUCCUAUUGUAGGGCUUAAAGACUGCAAUGUCAAACUUGAAAAAUCUUCAUUAGAAAAAUGCAAUAUUCCUACAGAUGUAAACAAGGGGAUCACAGGAGCUCACGUUUCUUCUUACCAAAUCCUUUCCGAUAAAAGGUUAAAGUUAUACUCCGUUGGUCCUUUCUUCUACACCUCAGAGCCAAAACCUAUAACGCCUAGUACUGGUUACUAGAGUUUGUUUCGGCUGCACAACAGAGCGUCUCUUUUGUAGCAAACUCUUUGAAUCAUGACCAAUUUGAUUGUUGUUUAUUAUUUCAAUUCUCGUUUUUUUUUUAAACAUUAUCCAUAGAUUUGCAGUACAUUACUACAUUUUAUUCUAAUA